CGGUCUGGGUGUGAUCAUAUCGCCCAAAUCAGCAGCUGGUUGCGACAGAGCAAAUUUGACAACAUACCGAUAUACGGGACCGAACCUUACCGAACAGGAUGGAGUGGCAACCAAUGGAGAUCAACCCGGAGAUGCUGAACAAGGUGCUCAGUGGGCUGGGGGUGUGUGGUAGCUGGGGCUUCGUGGAUGUGUUGGGGCUGGAGGAUGAGGGAGUGUCUUCAGUACCUUCUCCCAGCUGCGCCCUCAUGCUGCUCUUCCCUCUGACACAACAGCACGAGUCGUUCCGGCAGCAGCAGGCUGGGAAGGUGUCGGGAGGUACUGACCUCUACUUCCUGAAACAGACGGUGGUCAACUCCUGUGGCACUGUGGCUCUGCUGCACGCAGUCGCCAACAACCCCACCCACAUAGAGUAUGAUGGUGACUCUGCUCUGAAGAAGUUUCUAGAUGAGACGGCUAACAUGACCCCCGCCCAGCGAGCCACACACCUGGAGAACAACCAGUUUCCCCCUCAAUGGAAAGAUUCCCCAGUUCCAGUCCAUAAUAUUCUCCGUCAAUAUGGCCUGUCUUCUCCCGUAGCCUCGGCCACUAGAGGACAGCAGAGCUGCUGGGUUCUGAGAUGCAUGGCUUCACAGACCAAUAUGGUGUUGUAACGAAUAGGAAUACAUGCAUUAUAUGGGUUAAUAUGUGUUGUAACGAAUAGGAAUACAUGCAUUAUAUGGGUUAAUAUGGUGUUGUAACGAAUAGGAAUACAUGCAUUAUAUGGGUUAAUAUGGUGUUGUAACGAAUAGGAAUACAUGCAUUAUAUGGGUUAAUAUGGUGUUGUAACGAAUAGGAAUACAUGCAUUAUAUGGGUUAAUAUGUGUUGUAACGAAUAGGAAUACAUGCAUUAUAUGGGUUAAUAUGUGUUGUAACGAAUAGGAAUACAUGCAUUAUAUGGGUUAAUAUGUGUUGUAACGAAUAGGAAUACAUGCAUUAUAUGGGUUAAUAUGUGUUGUAACGAAUAGGAAUACAUGCAUUAUAUGGGUUAAUAUGUGUUGUAACGAAUAGGAAUACAUGCAUUAUAUGGGUUAAUAUGGUGUUGUAACGAAUAGGAAUACAUGCAUUAUAUGGGUUAAUAUGGUGUUGUAACGAAUAGGAAUACAUGCAUUAUAUGGGUUAAUAUGUGUUGUAACGAAUAGGAAUACAUGCAUUAUAUGGGUUAAUAUGGUGUUGUAACGAAUAGGAAUACAUGCAUUAUAUGGGUUAAUAUGGUGUUGUAACGAAUAGGAAUACAUGCAUUAUAUGGGUUAAUAUGUGUUGUAACGAAUAGGAAUACAUGCAUUAUAUGGGUUAAUAUGUGUUGUAACGAAUAGGAAUACAUGCAUUAUAUGGGUUAAUAUGUGUUGUAACGAAUAGGAAUACAUGCAUUAUAUGGGUUAAUAUGUGUUGUAACGAAUAGGAAUACAUGCAUUAUGUGUUGUAACGAAUAGGAAUACAUGCAUUAUAUGGGUUAAUAUGUGUUGUAACGAAUAGGAAUACAUGCAUUAUAUGGGUUAAUAUGGUGCUGUAACGAAUAGGAAUACAUGCAUUAUAUGGGUUAAUAUGUGUUGUAACGAAUAGGAAUACAUGCAUUAUAUGGGUUAAUAUGGUGCUGUAACGAAUAGGAAUACAUGCAUUAUAUGGGUUAAUAUGGUGUUGUAACGAAUAGGAAUACAUGCAUUAUAUGGGUUAAUAUGUGUUGUAACGAAUAGGAAUACAUGCAUUAUAUGGGUUAAUAUGUA